CUCUUCCGGGUUUAGUGGGCUGAAAGACAGGUUGAUGACGGAGUGCUGACAGUAAAACUGUCCAGCUUGACGGUUCUCUUCUCAACGCUAACCAUAACCAAUCACUUUAACCCGCCCCUUCGCGCGGCUGUGAUGGGAAUUACCGAUUAACUAUUGUUCGAAUUCGACAGGGCAGUUAAGACGAGCGUGAAAAGUGUGAAUUGAAUACAUCUCUGUGCAAAAAUGACUUCCUUAGACAUGAGCCCUGCGUCAAAGAAAGAGGUUGAUGGAUUCACAAAGAAAGUCGGUAAAGAGGCAGAACAGUUGGUCUCGACUUUCUUCCCCCAUAUGAUUGCUGAGAUGGACAGCUUGUUACAGGCCUUCUUGAUUUUCGAGGACCUUUCUGCUCUCAGGGCUCCGCUGGACAUCCCUAUUCCAGAUCCUGCCAAGGAGGAACUUAAGAGAAAGAAGAAAACUGAGAAAGAAAAAAAGGAGGGAAAGAAAGACAACGACGGAGAUAAAGAUGAGGAUGAAGGAGGUCCUCCCUGUGGGCCCAUUGUCUGCAACGAGAAAAUAGAGAGUCUCAUCAAAGAGAUUAAGCCCCACAUUCAGACACUAAAGGAAAAGCUCAACACAGUGUCAAUGUGGGUACAGCUGCAGAUCCCAAGGAUUGAGGAUGGGAACAACUUUGGUGUGGCUGUACAGGAGAAGGUGUUUGAGCUACUAACCAAUACCCGCACCAAGAUCGAAGGAUUCCAGACACAGAUCACAAAGUAUUACAGUGAAAGGGGAGAUGCUGUAGCCAAGGCCUCCAAACAGCCACAUGUGGGAGAUUAUAGGCAGCUUGUUUAUGAGUUGGAUCAUCACCAGUACUGUGAACUACGCAUUGUGGUUCUGGAGAUCCGCAACAUAUAUGCUGUGUUGUUUGAUGUCAUCAGCAAGAACUAUGACAAAAUUAAGAAACCAAGAGGAGACUGCAAAGCUCUUAUCUACUGAGAAAUAACCCCCAUCUCUGCUGUACACACACAGAAAAGAAGAGAAACAUACCAUAUCAGAUUUCAUUUGAGACACUUCCUCUGCUUUAGUCACAGUGUACUGACAGAAAUCUAAAAUUUCAUUUCUGAGUACAGUUGGUGAUUUUGUUUAAAUUCAUUUAAUAAAAUAGCAGCAUUAUA